CUACGGCCUCACCUCCCACGCCGCCUCUCACACACCUGCCUCACACUGAGACACCUUCAUCGUGGGUCGAGAGUGUGAGCGCAAAAGUUUGUUAUGGUGUGAACCCGCCAGAGUUAGUGGUCCUGACCUCUCGGGAGUGAUGCUCGGGGUCCUGUGAUGCACCUCUACUAGUGAUGGAGCCCAGAGUGAACCACUACUAGUGAUGGAGCCCAGAGUGAACCUCUACUAGUGAUGGAGCCCAGAGUGAACCUCUACUAGUGAUGGAACCCGGCGUGAACCUCUACAGUAAUGGAUCCCAAAGUACUGCAGCACUUAUAAUGACACCGGAGUAAUCCUGCACGAGAGAGAGAGAGGGAUACGAGCGUGAAGCUAUACCCUACAGCCAUGUAGCCCAGAGUGACCCUGCACUAGCGCUGGAGGUUUGAGAACUUGCGCCAGUAGUAAUGCAGGCGGGCCAGCGCGAGUCUGCACUAGCCUCAACCACAAGUAUCAGCAACUUCAGAGUCAGGGGCUCUACCCGGUCACCCAUAGCGUGUCAUCUCGCCUGACUGCAGUUGUCCCCAUAUGUUGCGAGUGCUAACACCGUAGCAGGAUGCAGGUGGCAGACAGUGUCAGGUACAGGGAGGCUGUCACCAGACUCAAGAGACUCCUCUACGACCAGCCAGGUUGGGAGUCUGUUCCAGAACCCCCUACAACCUGCCCCCACCCCCAGCAAGCCUCACACACACAUGCGGCCCACACCAACCACCACCUCCCCUACCAGCCCACAGUAAGGUGGGAUGGUGGGGGUGUAGGUGGCGUGAGCACCCAGGUGGGCAGGGAGGAGGCGGCGUCACGAUGGCUGCUGGAGCUCCUCAGACACCAGGAGGAUCUCAUAACCCAGCUCGAGCGGGAGAACGACUUUCUCAAGCGAGAGGUGGUGUCUGUGGGUGAGGGAGUCCGGAGAAUGGGUCAAGACAACCAGGAACUUAAUCGCCGCCUCGCUGACGCUCUCAGUCAGGCCAUCGCCAUGGGGGAGGCGUCGGAGGCGACCAGCAGCAGCAGCAGCAGCACGGAGAGUGGACAGAAAGACGCCACCAACUCCAGGAUCGCGACACUCACAAGGGAGAAGGCGACGCUGCAGGAGGAGGUGCGUCGCCUGCAGCACUCCCUCUCAGUCAUGACCCAGAGAGAACAGGAGGCCCUCACCAAGCUGAGGCAGGCCCUCACACUCGCUCAGGACACACACACUCACACCGCUCAGGUUCGCGCCAGCAGCGAGUCAGCCCUGGAGGAGCUGUCUACGCUACUAGCGGCGACGAAGCAGGAGGGUCAGGAGCUGCGGAGGCUCCUAGAGGAGGCGGACAACAAACAGAAGAGGAAGCAAGAGCAAAAGGAUGAGCAGGUGGCCAAACAACAACAGAGAAUCAAGGCCCUUCAAGAGGAACGGGAGGAGCAGGAGCAAGCAAUAAGUGGGCUGCGGCAGGAGGUGCGAGAGAGCAGCAGGAAGGUAACGGCCCUGGAGGAGGACCUGCUGGCGGCGAGGGCUGCCAGGACGCGCCUGGAGGUUCAGCUGGAGGAACAGCGUCAGCACUCAAGGGACGCUCAUGCCAGACUCGAUCAGAUCAUCGUGGCUCGGAGCGGGGAGGCGGCGGCGGGGACGGCCAGGGCCCAGGAGCUAGAGGACAGGCUGACGGCGGCUAGGGAGGACACCUCUCGUCUCCUGCUCGCCAUCACCACACUGGCGCAGGGCUCUGGUCGGGGCGUGGAGGCGGACACUACUGACGAUGUUAAGAGCGAGCGGCUGGCAGCCGGGCAGCAGCUGGGCGCCGCCAUCACCGCCAUACAGGCCCGCCAUGAGUCAGAGGUGAGGUCCCUGAGGGACGCGGCCCAGCAGCAAAGUGAAGCGAUGGACCGACUCCGAGAAGAGGUGGCCAGCAUGAGACAACAGCUGGCCUCUGACAACGAAAGCUAUAGGACUCGUCUGGAGGAGGUGGGUCGGGGCCUGGCCGUUGUCCUCACCACUACUACUGCUGCUGCUGCUGCUGCCUCGUCACGCAGCCAAGACUCCUUACAAGCUCCGGGGCGCAUGUCCACGUAUGAUAGUGGCCUGCCCACCACACCUGCAGCUCCAGACGACCCCAUACCUGCAGCUCCAGACUGCACCACACCUACAGCUCCAGACGACCCUACACCUGCAGCUCCAGAAGCUCCAGACUGCACCACACCUGCAGCUCCAGACGACCCUACACCUGCAGCUCCAGACGACGCCACACCUGCAGCUCCAGACGACCCCACACCUGCAGCUCCAGACGACCCUACACCUGCAGCUCCAGACGACGCCACACCUGCAGCUCCAGACGACCCCACACCUGCAGCUCCAGACGACCCCACAGCUGCAGCUCCAGACGACCCCACAGCUGCAGCUCCAGACGACCCCACAUCUGCAACUCCAGACGACCCCACACCUGCAGCUCCAAACGAUCCCACACCUACAGCUCCAGACGACCCCACACCUGCAGCUCCAGACGACCCCACACCUGCAGCUCCAAACGAUCCCACACCUACAGCUCCAGACGAUCCUACACCUGCAGCUCCAGACGACCCCACAGCUACAGCUCCAGACAACGCCACACCUGCAGCUCCAGACGACCCCACACCUGCAGCUCCAGACGACCCCACACCUGCAGCUCCAGACGCCACAGAUGCUAACGCCAGUAACACCACCGUUCACCACACACCUGCACCCAUACCCAACACACUCACCAAUAGCGACGUAGCGGAGACAGAGGAAACCAAUGACCAACAAGGACUGACAACUGAUCCAAAGGAAAUCAUGGAAGUCCAACAAGUAGAUAUAAAGAACAAGAAUGGAGAGAGGAGCACUAGCAGCGACGAAAAGAGGGAGAGAACAGACAGACAGGCAAAGAGUGUAGGGAAGAACGGGGAAAUGGAAGACAGGACAGAAGGAGCAGUAAACAAUGUGGGACAUUCAAACAACAAAGAAACAGAUCAAACAGGUCAGUCAAAUAACACUGAAGUCGAACUGCAAGUUAAUAAAACAGAAGAAACAGAAGGAAGUAUGAACACAACAGAAGAAAAGGACGAAUGUACAAACGCAAAUGAAGGAGACAAAGAGACAAGUAUGAAAGAGGAAGAGACGCCAGCCACAGGGGUCCCGACCAGUACACAGGACGAGUGUGGGUCUGGCCAAGAGGACGGAGAAGGUAUUACUGAAGACCCGCAGCAGAGAGAGGCCGAUGGCGCCAAAGUGGACGGUCUUGCAGGCCAGGAAGAGGAGUUCUAAGUAUUUAGAGCUGGCAGAGGCUGUCACCCGUGAGCGGGACGCCCUCCGUCGGGAGAUGACCUACCUGCGACGGGUGGCUGCGACCUGUGAUCCCGCUUGCACGGUGAAGUGCGCCUCUGGUGUACCAACGGACCAC